AUGUCUCUAAAUGGCUCCAAAAAUCCCUCUUGGAAUGAUCAGUUCAAGAGCACCAACCAGCGCGACUUCAAGGUCCAGCUCAUCAUCUCAGUCGUGUUCGGCCUGAGCGCAUUCCUCUCCUUCUGUGUGCUCCGACCAAAAUGGACGAGUCUGUACCAUGCCCGGAAGAAGCAAUCCACCGCUGCUUCACGGCUGCCCGAGCUGCCAAAGACUAUGUUCGGAUGGAUCCCAGUGCUGUACAAGAUUUCGCGAGAAGAGGUGCUGGCAUCAGCUGGGCUUGAUGCAUACGCUUUCCUCGCCUUCUUCCGCUAUGCAAUUAAAUACCUGUCGAUCACGUUGUUCUUCUCGCUCACGAUCAUCUUGCCGGUCAACUGGAAAUUUACUGGACAACCGCCGCUACUCUAUCCUCCGAUCAAUGGAUCCGAUCCUGACAGUGCUGCCAUUUUCUUUGUACUGGCUGACAAGUCGAAAAAGCCGAAGAACCCGGCCAUUGAGAAAGACAACAGCUAUCUGUGGAUGUAUGUUGUGUUUGCAUACUUCUUCACGUUCGUGGCUAUUUACCUCCUCAUUGCCGAAACCACGGACCUCAUCAGAGUUCGACAAGCAUAUCUCGGCAGCCAGUCGACGAUCACUGAUAGGACGCUGCGAUUGUCCGGGAUACCUCCGGAGCUGAGAUCUGAACAAGCGAUCAAGGACUUUAUCGAGGGGCUGGAAAUUGGCAAAGUUGACAGCGUUAUGCUCUGUCGAAAUUGGCGCACGCUGGACAACCUCAUGUCAAAGCGCAUGGCAUGCCUGAGAAAGCUUGAAGAAGCUUGGGCUGAUUAUCUAGGUCAUGAUCGAUCAGUACAUGCAUCACGCGGCCGCCGCAGGCGUGCCAACCCCCUGGGUACAGAGCACGAAAACGGGGCACUCUUGUCGCGAUCGGAGAUGGAGGAGGCGCAUGCCACAAUCGGUGAUAGGCCUAGGCCUACCUUCAACAUGCGGUACGGGCCACUCAACAUCUACAGCAAGAAAAUCGAUGCCAUCGAUUAUUAUGAGGAAAGAUUAAGGAUGUUGGACGAACGGAUUCACGCCUUGCGGGACGCCGAGUUCAGACCAACAGCCCUGGCGUUUGUUACAAUGGAGUCAACAGCAGCCUGUCAGAUGGCUGUCCAAGCCAUCCUAGACCCUACCCCUGGCCGACUACUCGCUAGUCUGGCACCACCACCUGCCGAUGUCGUUUGGAAGAAUACUUAUCUUUCGCGAAAUAACCGAAUGAUACGAUCCUGGACUAUCAUGGUGUUCAUUGGGCUGUUGACCAUCUUCUGGGCUGCCGCGCUGGCUCCUUUGGCAGGUCUGUUGAGUAUCGAGGUUAUUGAUAAAGUCCUUCCAGGACUUGCCGCAGCCCUCGAGGAGCAUGAAAUCAUCCGCUCACUUGUUCAAACCGGUCUUCCAACAUUGCUGUUCUCGCUCCUGGCUUUGGCGGUGCCCUAUCUGUACGAUUGGCUUGCCAACCAGCAGGGGAUGGUCUCUCAGGGAGACGUCGAGUUGUCUGUCAUCUCCAAGAACUUCUUCUUCACUUUCUUCAACCUGUUUAUCGUCUUCACCGUCUGGGGAUCGGCAUCUACAUUUUAUGAAUUCUGGCAGGACUUGCGAGACAUUCUCCGCGACACAGCCGGUAUUGCCUACGCCGUCGCAAAGGCUCUGGAGCAACUCUCACCGUUCUACGUCAACCUUAUUGUCCUUCAAGGGUUUGGACUGUUUCCAUUCAGGCUCCUGGAAUUCGGUUCUGUUGCACUGUACCCCUUCUACCUCAUCACGGCAAAGACGCCUCGAGACUAUGCAGAGCUUGCCAAACCACCCGUUUUCAGUUACGGCUUCUACCUGCCGCAGACCAUGCUCAUUUUCAUCAUCUGCAUCGUCUACAGCGUUCUUCCGUCAUCCUGGAUGAUAACAUUGUUCGGCUUGAUUUACUUCCUCAUUGGUGGCUUUAUCUAUAAGUACCAGUUACUUUACGCCAUGGAGCACCGCCAACAUUCCACGGGCCGGGCCUGGCCGAUGAUAUGCGACCGUAUUGUCACUGGCCUCAUUCUUUUUCAAGUGGCGAUGACCGGCAUCUUGGCCCUGCGCGGCGCAUUGACCGCUUCCUUGUUUCUCUCACCGCUCCUGGCCAUCACGGUCUGGUUUACGGUGUAUUUUCACCGGACUUAUGUCCCUCUUAUGAAGUUCAUCGCACUUCGAAGCAUUGAUCGCACAGACCUUCUGCACCUUCCAUCGCCUCCGGAAUCCACCUGGGACAGAGAUACUGAUUAUGGCCGGAACGUGGAUACGGACCCCGAGACCGGUCUUCGGUAUAUCAACCCCAACCUAGUGCGGCCACUGGAGAGUUUGUGGAUACGGCGUCCUGGACAUGAACGCUCUCAGUCCGCGUAG